AUGUUCUUCACUCUGAGGACAAGGUUCCUCACUCUGGAGGCAGGUUCUCACACUGAGGACAAGGUUCCUCAAGCUCAGGAUAGGAAUCCUCACUCUGAGCUUCCACACACUGAGUACAAGGUUCCUCACUCUGAGGAAAACGUUCCUCACACUGAGGACAAGGCUCCUCACUAUGAGGACAAGGCUCCUCACUCUGAGGACAAGGUUGCUCACUCUGAGGAGAAGGUUCAUCACUCUGAGGACAAGGCUCCUCAACUGAGGACAAAGUUCCUCAUUCUGACGACAAGGUUGCUCACUCUGAGGACAAGGUUCCUCACUCUGAGGCCAAAGUUUCUCAGUCUGAGGACAAGGUACCUCACUCUGGGGAUGAGGUUCCUCACACAGAGGACAAGAUUCCUCACUCUGAGAACAAGGUUCCUCAGACUGAGCACAAGGUUCCUCGCUCUGAGGACAAGGUUCCUCACUCUGAGGACAAGGUUCCUCACACUAAGGACAAGGUUCCUCACUCUGAGAACAAGGUCCCUCACCCUGAGGACAAGGUUUCUCACUCUGAGGACAAGGGGCCUGGCUCUGAAGUCAGCUUCCUCAAUCUGAGGGCAAGGUUGCUCACUCUAAGGACAAGGUUCUUCACACUGAGGACAAGGUUCCGCACUCUGAGAAGAAGGUUCCUCUCUCUGAGGACUAGGUUCCUCACUCUGAAGACAAGGUUCUCCACUUUGAGGAAAAGAUUCCUCACACUGAGAACAAGGUACCUCACUCUGGGAACGAGGUUCCUCACACUGAGGACAAAGUUACUCACCCUGAGUACCAGGUUCCUCACUCUGAGGACAAGGUUCCUCAUUCUGAAAGCAGGUUCCUCACACUGUGGGCAAGGUUCCUCAAUCUGAGGAUAAGAGUCCUCACUCUGAGGAUAAGAGUCCUCACUCUGAGGACAAGGUUCGUCUCUGAGGACAAGGUUCCUCACUCUGACGACAAGGUGCCUCACUCUGAGGACAAGGUUGGUCACACUGAGGAUAAGGUUGCUCACUCUGACAACAAGGUUCCUCACUCUGAGGACAAGGCUCCUCACACUGAAGAAAAGGUUCCUCACUCUGAGGACAAGGUUCCUCUCUCUGAGGAAAAGGUUCCUCAGUCUGAGGACAAGGUUCCUCACUCUUAGGACAAGGUACAUCACUCUGACAACAAGGUUCCUCACUCUAAAAACAAGGUUCCUCACUCUGAGGGCAAGGUUCCUCUCUCUGACGACAAGGUUCGUCACUCUGAAGACAAGGUUUUCACUAUGAGGACAAGGUUUCUCACUCUGAGGACCAGGUUCCUGACACUGAGGACAAGGUUCCUCACUCUGAGGAAAAGGUUCCUCACUCCGAGGACAGGGUUCCUCACUCUCAGGACAAGGAACAUCUCUCUGACAACAAGGUUCCUCACUGUAAAAACAAGGUUCCUCACUCUGAGGACAAGGUUCCUCUCUCUGAGGACAAGGUUCGUCACUCUGAAGACAAGGUUUUCACUAUGAGGACAAGGUUUCUCACUCUGGGGAAAAGGUUCCUCACUCUGAGGACAAGGUUCCUCACUCUCAGGACAAGGUACAUCACUGUGACAACAAGGUUCCUCACUCUAAAAACAAGGUUCCUCACUCUGAGGACAAGGUUCCUCUCUCUGAGGACAAGGUUCGUCACUCUGAAGACAAGGUUUUUACUAUGAGGACAAGUUUUCUCACACUGAGGAGAAGGUUCCUCACUCUGAAGACAAGGUUCCUCACUCAGAGGACAAGUUCCUCACACUGAGGACAAAGUUACUCACUCUGAAGUCAUGUUCCUCACUCUGAGAAUAAGGUUCCUCACUCUGAGGAGAACGUUCCUCACUCUGAGGACUAG